CAGAGAGUCCGUAUAAAAGUAUGGCUCAUCUGAGUCUUACUCACUUGACAACAUGAAGUCUGUCUUAUUUUUUCUGGGCCUUGUCGGCCUGGCUUUGGCCACAACCACUCUCCCCAAAACGUAUGAGAAUUACAAAGUGUUCCGAAUCCCCGUCGAGAAUCGGGAGCAUGCUGAAUUCUUGAAAAAGUUCGAGGAGACACCCUUCGUGGACUUCUGGACUGAACUUCGAUUGGGUGGGAAUGUGGACGUCAUGGUGGGACCCGGCACCCAAUUCACCUUUGAGGAGAUGUUGACAAGGGAGGGCAUGUCAUUCUCUGAAAUGAUCCCCAACCUUGCUCCAAUGCUGAGGGCUGAGAAAUUGGCUCAAGAUGAGCACAAACGGAACAAGAAGGUCAACGCCAACUACAACAUGGAUUGGGUCAGCUACCAUGAUCUUUUUGAUUUCUACGAGUACUUUGACUACCUCGAAGCUCACUACGAGGAUAUCUCCGUUGAGACAAUUGGCCAAUCCUUUGAAGGUCGGGAUCUCCGGGUGUUGAAGAUCUGUCGCGGUGGUUGCGGUAAUAAGCCCGCCAUGUUCGUGGAUGGUGGAAUUCACGCUCGAGAAUGGAUUGGGCCUGCCGUGGUUACUUACAUGUUAAACGAGUUGACUGAAAACCUGAGUGCUGAAAACAACGACUUGGUCGAAGAUUUGGAUUGGUAUUUCCUGCCCUCGGUCAAUCCGGACGGCUACUAUUACACCCAGGCCUCUGACAGGCUUUGGAGAAAGACCAGAUCUGACUAUGGCGAGUUGUGCCGAGGCACGGAUGGAAACCGCAACUUUGGCUACCAAUUUGCCACCGGAGGGGCCAGCAAUAGUCCGUGUUCGGACACCUAUCACGGUCCAUCGGCUUUCUCAGAAGUUGAGACUCAGGCCGUGAAGGGCUUCGUCGAUGCCAAUAAGGACAGCAUCAAGUUCUACAACAAUAUCCACUCUUACGGCCAACUCAUUCUCACCCCUUGGGGCUAUUCCGAGGAACUGGUACCUGAUUACGAUGACAUCAAGAGCCUGGCUGACACGUGCAAUGACGCUUUGUACGCUGUUCACCAAAAGUCUUACGAGGUGGGAUGCAUCCCUUGCGUGUUGUACACCGCUUCAGGCAACUCGAUCGAUUACAUGUACGGCGAUGCUGGCA